UCAAACAUGGCGGAAGACUAGGCGAACAGGUUAAGGAUUUUUUUAAGGAUUUAGACAAAUUUGAUGUUUUCUGUAAACUAGAAAUCAUCGUCGAAUGGAUCUGUGUGAUCCUGUUAGCAUUAUAUUAGUGACAGCCGGUAGUAGAGGACAGAGUCUAUUAUUUCGUUAUCCAUAUUUACCGCCUUCCCGGACUGAGAGGAGAGAAAAAGAAAUCCCUAAGAAUCGUUUCGCCUUGGGUAAAGUCGAAGAGAGUACGGACAUAAGAAAUUUUUCCGGAAUCAAAGAUGGUUAUCUCAUUGGAUUUUCUGACAGCACACUGGCAAAUAUUUUGUCACCAAAAUCUAAUGCAUGUGGCAAGAAAUUUGAGCUGAAGAUUGAUGAAGUGUUAUUUGUGGGCCAUCCAACACUGGCUUAUGAAAGAAAAGACAGAGAAUUCAAGAGAAGUGAUACCUCAUCUAGGAAGGAUGAUGUCAUGAUGAAACUGUUCAAUGUUGUCUUUGUACUCCAGGCAAGUGUAGAACCUUCUGUUGUUCACUGUUACCAUGACUUAUCCAAGAGAAUAGCAAUUGCCCUAAGGCAUGAAGAGAUAAGAUGUAGAUAUUUGAGCUCUGAAAGGGAAAUUAUACUUUCUGUUCAUGACGAAAUGUCAGCCAUGCCUGAAGAUUGUGCAGAAUCACCAUUUAAACACAUCCUUCCCAAGAGCAAGCUGGCAAGGGACUUAAAAGAUGUUUUUAAGAGUUUAUGUGCAUCUGGAAUUGUAAGGCUGAAGAUCAAUGGCUGGGUGAAUGUUAGCUUUUGCCUUCCUCACAAAGUCCACUAUUUGAACCAGGGAACCAUUCACAUCAAGCCUGAAGCUAUACACAAAUCCCUUGCAGUCAUCAGGCCAUAUCACACGCUGCUUUUUCUUGUGGACGAGAGGUAUCUAUUGGCCUCCCUCGCAGGGGACUGUUCCCCAGCCAUCACACGACUGGUGAAAAUGGCCAGUCCACUGAAAAGCUUCCAAACGUUAUCACAAGACACAGAUAUUCCAUUAUCUCAGGUGUUCGCUAUAGCAGCUCAUCUGGUUUACUGGGGAAUGGCAACUAUCAUCUACCCGCUCUGUGAGAGUAACGUGUAUGUCGUUGCACCAAAUUCCUCUACAAGCGUAUCGUCGCCGCUUGUGGAAGAAUUCACCUCGCGUUUUCCAGGGAUGUCUUUUCACAAUGUGCUUUCGGAGUUUUCUUUACCCGCUCCUCUGAGCCAACACAAUAAUCCACUAGGCCUGCCACAGCAAAAGGCAGAACCUGCCCAAAUGGUUGUGUGGAUGUUACAACGAAGGCUCUUAAUACAGUUGCACGCCUAUGUGUUCCUAGUACCGAACGUCCAAUCUGAGAAGAGGUCCAGCGGCCAAAGUGGAGGCCUGGGUCUAGGGGGACGAAGGGUUCAUCGGAUAUUUGGAAACAAUAUCCCAGAUGGUCCAUCGUCUUUCGACGCUGACCAGCAGGAGCCCGCUGAAAAUGAAGGGCACUCAGAGUUAGGAGGUGAACUGAAGGGUCUGUCGCGCUCAGAGAGGAAAAGCGUGCUUCAAGUUGCUGCGGCACGUGACCCGGAUGACUUAAAGCUAUUUACCAGACUGAUUCCCUACUUCCGGGGAAACCAUCACCUGGAAGAAGUAAUGUAUUACGAGAAUUUGACAAGAUCUCAGCUAUUAACACUGAUCGAUAAGUUCAGAGAUGUCUUGUUUUUGUGUCAGCAUGAAGACCCAGUGACCCUUUACUUCUACAAUAGAUAACACGUCACACUGCAACAACCCUUGAACUCCCAGGAUCUGAUUAAUUCUCCCCUCUGCUCUACACAUUUCUUUGUAAAUAAGCCACAGGAAUUUGGUGUUAGAUCAGG